GGGAGCGGAAUUAGUCAGUGAUAGAGGGGUGGAGAGGAGGAGAGGCGGCGGGUUGUUCUGCCGAGGUGGACGUGGCGGGUCCGGUGGAGUUAGCUACAAGUGACGGACAGCGGGUCGAACCGAGGCGGAGAGCCGGCCAUGAACCGGACCACCCGCAGGCUGGUCCUCGUCACGUGUGGGUGGUGACACUGUUGGAUUACCAGAGGACACUCUCAGGGACACGCCUCCUUUCCCCCCAGCCCCUCCUCUCUCAGGACAGGUAUAUCUCUGGAGCAGCGGAGGGGGGAGUGGAGGAAGGUGCCAGGGAGGAGGAGGAGGAGGAGGCGGAAGAAGAAGGUGGACCUCAGCAAUACUUCAGGUGUUGAACAGAGUGAGGUGAGGAGGGUUAGCUCCGCCCCUCACCAUGACGGACUUAGAGACCGAGUGUUUGAGCCUCGGCCUGCCCCCUGAGUGCGGCUCCCCUCCCCCGCCCCUGGACCCCUCCUUGGACUGUGGCCCGGGGCCCGCCGCCUCGGCCCCGACGGCCACACUGGCCCUCCUCUCCUCCGACUGCCCAACGCCCACGCUCAGCUCGCUGGCGGCGGAGAUUGCGGAGCCGCUGGUGAUGCUGCCGUGUGUGAAGAGCGAGCCGGAGGACGGAGACCUGGAACCCAUCAGGACUGUGGACCUGUCGGAGAUCCAGCCGCUGUCCACUGCGGAGCUGGGCCAAGAUCAGAUCAAGAUGGAGAUCAGCGGCCUCGACUACAUCAAGUCUGAGCAUCACGGUCACCAUGGCAACCACCACCUAGGCCCAUUUCACCACAGCGAUGUCACAGAGCUGGACUACAAGUCGCACUAUGAGCCCAGCUCCGUGUUUGACUACAUCUCCCAGGUGACGGACACUCUGGAGUACAUAAAGUCAGACCACCAUGUGGACCUGCAGUGUUACUACACCACAGAGCUGAGCUCCUUGAAGUCAGAGUACCCAGAGUCCAACACCAUGUCCACCCACCUGCAGCACAACGGCCUGGAGUCCAUCCACAUGGCCGAGCUCCGCACCGAGCUCAACAAGCUCCGACCCGACGCUCUGCUGAUGGACGGCAUGGGUAAACUGGACCCUGAGUUUGGAGCGGGGGCGCUGUACGAGCUGCAGCCGGCCGAGGAAGGGAAGACGUCUGCGGAGGUGACGGCGGCGGUGACCGGGCAGGCGGGAGGAGGAGGGAGUACGGCCAUCACAACCAAAACCCAGAGCCCGACAGUGAGGAAACCUCGCAACAUGCAAGGGGAGAAGCCUUUCUCCUGCACACAGUGUGGGAAGAACUUCAGCACGCUGGGAAACCUGAAGACCCACCAACGCAUCCACACCGGGGAGCGACCGUACACCUGCUCGCAGUGCGGCAAGAGCUUCGGCCAGGCGGGAAACCUCAAACGACACCAGCUGAUCCACACGGGCCAGAAGCCGUACGUGUGCGCUCACUGCCCUAAAGGCUUCACCAAGGCCGACGACCUGCGCUCGCACCAGCGGCUGCACACCGGCGAGCGUCCCUUCAUCUGCGUGACUUGUGGGAAGAGCUUUGGCCAAUCAAAGGAGCUGAAAGCUCACCAGCUGAGCCACACGGGCGAAAGGCCGUACUGCUGCCAACACUGCGGCAAGAGCUUCACCAAGGAGACCAGCUACCGCAACCACGUGCAGAUCCACACAGGUGAGAAACCCUUCACCUGCUCGCAGUGCGGAAAGACUUUCAGCAACUCCGGCGUCUUAAAAACCCACGAGAAGAUCCACACGGGCGAACGGCCGUUCGGCUGCACGCAGUGCGGCAAGAGCUUCGGCCGCCUCGGGCACCUGAAGGCUCACCAGCAGAUCCACACGGGGGAGCGGCCGUACGCCUGCCCCCAGUGUGGGAAGACUUUCAGCCAGUCGGGUCACCUCAAAGCACACGAGCAAAUCCACAAACGAGAGCGAGCGGACACGGCCAGCACCAGCAGCAGCAGCAGCAGCACCAUGGGCAGUGACAGUAGCUAAAAGAAACUCCGUACCCUUUAACCUCCAGAAAAACAAAGUAUUAUUCCUUUUUUUAUAAAUACUAUCUAUAAAAGUUUUCCUUAUGAAUUUUUUCUUACAUUUUCAUACCUUUUUGUGCUCUUUUUGCAUUAUAUAUGUGGGCAGGGUGGACUCUGACUGAUUUGCUCUUAUGCAAGUGUCUGUGUGUGUGUACAUGUUAUGUACUGUGUGUCUGUGGGUGGGUGUGAUACUGAGGGGUUGUAGAUAAUCUUUAAACUGGUCUGUCUGGACUGUGGUGAGGGUAGUCUCUCUCUCUCUCUCUCUCUCUCUCUCUCUCUCUCUCUCUCUCUCCCCUUCUCUUUCUUGCUCUCUCUCUCUCUCUCUCUCUCUCUCUCUCUCUCUCGGACCAAGUACCAGAACUUAUUUGUACUUUAUUCUGGAAAACUUAAUGAGACACAAGCACAAAACCAUGAGUGACCAAGUUUGACUCUCCCUUUGUUUCUGUGCUGAGCCUGAUCAGGACCCUGUCUGCUGCCAACGAUCCGUCUGAUGUCUGAGUUUCCUGAAGCGUCCCCUCCGAGCUUCGUGACGCCGGCUGAACACACAGUAACGUGGUGUUUAAGUGUUUCCUGUGAGACUCGUUAUGUAUGAAACAUACAUAUGUCACAAAAGGUUUUACAGCCGUUCACUAUGAAAAGGCAGUUAAAGUUUCUGCCUCUGUGAUUCAUGUUAGUGAGCAAAGCAUCUUGGUCCGUCCGGUUGCUGCUGGAUGCAGACGCUUCGUUGGUGAUCCAGCUGCUCUGUGGCCGCCGCACACCAUCUGAUCUCUGCGUCUCAGACUGUCGCUCGAACUAAACCAAAUGUUUGAAGACGUCACGUGGAGCUUGAGACUGUGACCGUGAGAAAUCCAGAUUUUUUAAAACCUUUUAUAGACCAAACAAUUAAUCUGUUAAUUGUGAAAUACUCAGUGAAGUAAUCAGCAGCCUUAUCCUACCUGAGUCUGAGUUCACUGCAUCUGUGAACGGAGCUUCUGCUUUUUGUUUUUAUAUGUCGGAGAAGCUCACGUCUGAAACUCACCUGUGAAUAAAAGCUCAUACAUUCACAGGUUUGGGUUCUAACAGCUGGUUCUGUUCUGCUUCUGGUUCCUUCAGCUUUUUGGCCAAUGAAUGGAAAGAUUUUGAAUAUUAGGCUGCAGGUAAAUUGGUCAUCCAGUUUGUUUGAUUUGAUUGAAAACAGAGUUUUACAGAUUUAAACUUUAAACGUGGAGAAAAAAACAAAACUUCAGUGGAACGUGAAGUUUGGCUUCGUGGAGCAGGUUCUGGAGCGUCGGUCCUCUGAGCCUGCUGCUCGUUCAUGUCCACGAUGGUCAGAGGGCAGACUCCUUUUAGGCGAGGACGGUUCUGUUUGGACAGACGGACAGUUGUGGUUGGACAGGGCCCUGGUUCAGAUUCCUCAGCAGUAAAUUUACUUUGAGUACAUUUCAGUCUCAGUACUUCUUUUUGUACUCGCUGCCAGUUCACGAGUGUGUUACAGGUGUGUGUUACAGUGUGUUACAGGUGUGGGUCCUCGCAGACACAUGCUCUGUUACCGUAUCAUUGGAAAUCAGAUGAUAUGAUUUAGAUAUUUGUUAUUGAGCAGUAUUGAUUGAUCAGGACGCACCACAGUGAUGUUUCUGUUGUCAGAUAAUCAGCUGAUAACGAUGUUCCUUCAGUUUUUGUAGCAGAAAAUUUAAAUUGUACCAACGGGACCAAACCCCCCCCCCCCCCCCCCCCCCCCCCACACACCCCCGAUCACUCACUGUGUACAAAUCUUCUAUUGACAGCAUCAUUCCUAAAAAAAUUACUAAAAGUAUUAAAAAGCAGCAGCAGAAAAGACAAAGGUGGUGCAGCCUCUUGUACUGGAAACAGAAUUAUUAAAGAAACUA